CGUUCCAUCGGGUCCCCAACGUUCGGAAGGAGAGCUCGCCGGCCAAUCAGAGAGCAGCUCGGGGUGGGGCCACCCGCGGCCGCCCCCGCCUCCUCCUCCUCCUCCUCCCACGUGCCUUUCGCUUUGCAUCGCCGCCGCCUCCUCCUCCUCCUCUCCCUCGCCGCCGGUGCAGCGGCUGCAUCCGCUUUUCUUUCGGUUUCCUUUCUUGCGCGCGUCUUCUUCGGCGAGGAUGGCGGAAUGGCGGUGGGGGACGGAGGACGAGGAGGAGGACCGAGCAGGCGAGGAAGAGGAGGAAGAAGAAGAAGAGGAGGAAGGAUUCUGGGAGUACGAUUCCACCUGGGAAGAGGAGGAAGAAGAGGGGGAGGGAGGAGAAGAAGAAGAAGGUGGAAGGCAGCUGGGGGGAGAUGUGGGGAGGAAGGACGCGGGGGCGGCUCCAGCCGCUGACAAAGACGCAGGGAUUCAAGAGAAGCCCCAGCCCAGCAGCAGCCCAGGCUGGUGGUCGCCCUCCGGUAGCCAGGAGUGGCAACGGCCAAACCUUGCCUCCAUGAGCUUUAGAAAACGCACGAACGCAGCUGGUCGCAACUGGAUGGCAGCAAAAGAUAUGCAGAAAUACAGGCAACAUUAUCCGGGUUUGGAAGAAACUGAAAUGAGAGAGGAGAAAAUGUGGAAUUUGAGGUUUUACAAAAACGAGAUGAGUUUUCAGCCUAAUGGCCUCCUUAUCGAAGAUCUCCUUGAGAUGUGGCAUAACGACUACGUAACUCUGGAAGAAAACCAUUCAUAUAUCCAGUGGUUAUUUCCUUUGCGUGAGCCGGGAAGGAACUGGCGAGCGCGGCUUCUCACCUGUCAAGAAAUCCAGGCCUUCAAGAAAUCGAAGGAAGUCAUGGCGAGGUUUGUCCGGGCUUACAAGCUCAUGUUGGACUUCUAUGGAAUCGAGCUGCUAAAUGAGAAAACGGGCGAACUGCGGCGAGCAAAGAACUGGAGAGAGAGAUUCGAGAACCUCAACCAGUUCAGCCACAAUAAUUUGCGGAUCACUCGCAUCCUGAAGUGCUUGGGAGAGUUGGGCUACGAAAACUACCAGAUGCACCUGGUGAAGUUCUUCCUGACGGAGAUCCUGGUCCACCAGGAGCUCCCGCGGGUGCUGAGAAGUGCCUUGGACUACUUUGUGUUCACUGUCCGGAACAAGCAGCAGCGGAAGGAGCUGGUGCAUUUUGCGUGGCGGCACUUCACGCCCAAGCGGGAUUUCGUCUGGGGCCCGCACAGGAAGCUGCGGCGAUUCAAACCCCGGUCCCCAGAAUUCCUGAACAGCGAGCGGCUGGAGGGGGAACAGGAUGAGGAUGGAGAGGAGACUGCAGGAAAGAGUGAAGUCGAGCAGCAGCAUAAAACAUGCCAGAGACUUGAGGAAGAGCCUGCGAGCAUGGAAAACGAUCAAGAUGAGCUGCUGGACAAGACAGGCACCGUUUGCCCUGCUGUAGACCAAACAACCAAUAAUCUGAUUGAGGAGCCUGUAUCCAAAAGUGAUGAUGAGCCUGGGGUUUCAUCCAGUGACUCUGUCCUUAGCAAAGUUAUUGAGGGAGAGCCUUCCUCUGGUAUCCGUGGCGAUGGAUUGCAGGCCGGAGAUGCUCUGGGACCCCAAACGAGUCCCGCAGGUGAACACGAAGCUUCAGGUAAGGCGAGUCAACGUGGGCUCUUAACAGCAGAGGAAGUCAAGGCGGAGGAGGACGGCGGGAAGAAAGACACACCGGUUUCUUCGUUGGUCAACUCGGGAAGGCAGGAUCUUGUGGAGGAGGGCGAGAGCGGGGCACAGAAGGACGAGGGUGAGAGCGGAGCGUCUGGUGAAAGUCCGAAGGAAUGCAAGAAGAGGAAGCUGGAGAUGAGCAGGUUGAGCGAGGAAAGCGUCAGGGUGGUGAGAAGCCCCACCGACAUUGAGAAGAUCUCUGCCAACCUCGGAGAGGUUGUGAUUGGUCAGAAGGGGACCGACGGCCUUCUGUUCACGGAGGAGAAGGCCUGCCCCUUGCUGCCUCAAGGAGGUGGUAUGGAUGGUGGGUACAUGAAGGAGACAGAAGCCACUGACGCAAUGAGAAAAAGGCGGAAAGUUGAGAUGGCAUCGGAAGGCAGUGCCUUGGGGGCACCUGAAGAGGCGGGCAUCAAGGUGGCAUCCUCUGAGAGCCAGAUAAACUCUGCCAGCACCGAGAGGACGGAUCGAGCCUGCCACGAUGCGACAGAAACAAUUGGCAACACUCCUACAGACUGCGACUGUAGAACGCUGGGUGUGGAUUUAUUGGUUAAUUCCAAAACUAACACCGAGUCGAGCCUUUCGCCGGACAGCUGUGCGCCAGCCCAGUCUGGCAAACAAGGAACUGCCUCCGCCUUGGAAGUCAAGAGAUCGCAGGCCGGUGAAACUCUGCCAUUCAGUGAAAAGAAGGAUGUGGGUGGCGAAAGCCCAGGACAGGAAGAGGGGGGUGUUGAAGGAAAGGCAGAAGGAGUGGCAGAUAGGAAUGAAACACCUGAAUCUGUGGAGGGUGUGAAUUCUGUAUCAGGUCUAGAAGCAGAAUAGCUUUAUCCUGGAUAAGAAUGAGGUGGUUCCACUGAUUCUGGAGGCAGUUAAAAGGACAUACCUUUUUACAAGUUGAUCAGAACAGCACCAGUCCACUGCCCGUGUGUGUGUGUGUGUGUGUGUGUGUGUGUGUGUGUUUUGGUUCCUCUCUUUUUGUAUACUUGGUUAUGAAGCCCAAGACCUUCAUAAUGUGUUGUUUUCACUGGGGACAGACAACAAAGGCUUUGAGAUGAAACUCCCCCAGUUGUUGACUUGCAUACUUGAUCUUCUGAAUUCUAAAAUAAUGUGUGUGGGUUUUCACCUUUGCUUUAUAAAUGAUUCCAAACAGCUCUGGUUUCGAAACGGAAAUCAUUUUUUGAGCAAGUAAAUGCCACUUUGUGGGCAAAUUUUCCAGUAUUUACUAGACGGUCCGAAAGGAAUCUAUUUGUUAAAUUAAUCUUGCUUUGUUAAAAUAAAAGUUCCUAACUUCUA